AGAAAAAGUGCUUGAAUAAUAAACAUUUAUUUUUUCAGUACUCGCUGGACUGUGGACGCUGCAAAAUCGGUCAUGCCAGACAUAUUUGCUAACGUGUGGGUUGAAAUAUCACAUCAUUGCAUAAAAAAGAUUUCAAACAUUGUUAAUGCCGAAGUGUCUUUAGAAAGAAUGUGCAAACACACUGGCACGCAGAUGGUCAAGAUGUUUGAUAGGACCACAGUUCACGGACGGUGGUGUCAGAUACUCGGGCUACACAGACUCCUAACUAAAAAGCAAAACAGCAGAACUGCUAGAAAAUGUGCAUUGUCAAAAACGUCACUACAGGAGUAUAAAUGUAGAAAAGAAAAACGAAAUCUUUCACGAUCUAGAGAUAACAACAACACAAAUGACACAACAGGCGCACUGCUCACUGUUCCGGAUAGUUUGUCAAAAACAGGAGUUUCCUGUAAUUCUGAGAAAUUUUUUGAUACUUCCUCGGAAAAAAAUGAUCACUUUCAAGGGGAGCCGUUAAAAGAUCAGUCAUCGGAGGAUACAAUUCCAGUAAUGAUAUCUCGUGGAAAAGCUGCAGACACAAAAAUCCCGUCUUCAAAACAUGAGACAUUGUCAUCUGCACUCGAGAGUUUAGAUAAUUGUGUAAAUGAUGGGGUAUACAUGCCAAGGACAGCAGAAACAAAGGAAAAUGGACAAUUUCAACCCGAAAAGAUGCAUAGUUAUUUUAGAUGCUCUAAAUGUGACUUCAAAAGUAAUCAUAAGAAUUCUGUAAGGGACCAUGAAUCAAGAGUUCACUUUGCUUUACCAGAAAAAUGUAGGUUGUGUGAAAAAGUGUUUUCAAGUCAUCAAUACUUAAAAAGACACCUGGUAUCACACAAGAAGUCGCAAUGUAUUUGUGACGUGUGUGGUAAGAUGUACAAGUCUGCAAGAACUUUGGAAAUGCACAAGAAAUCUCACAGCAAUAGCUUUAAAAUACCAGAUUUUGAAUGUACACAUUGUAAAAAUUCAUUCUCUUCAAAAUUCGGGUUGGAAACUCACAUAGAAACUCAACAUGCAGGAAAAAAAGGAGCAUUUCUUUGUGCAACAUGUGGAAAAGUAUUCACCAGAAAAUAUUCUUUACAGCAACAUCAGCUUGUUCACACUGGAUCUAGACUUGUAUGUGAUGUAUGUCAGAAAUCAUUUUCUUGUGAGUCAUCUUUGAGAGAUCACAGAAAAAUUCACACUGAUUUAAAAUCAUACAAGUGUCCAAUUUGUUCUAAAACCUUUAAACAGAGAACAACACUGCAAAAGCAUUCAAAGAUUCAUAUAGGAGAAAAAUCGUUUAAGUGCUUGGAAUGUGGCAGAGGAUUUACACAGAAACAAGCUCUUCAGAGACAUGAAAGAUCUCACAAGGGACUGAAACCAUUUACAUGUAGAAUCUGCCACAAAUCAUAUGGCGAUACAGCAAUAAUAAGAAAACACUUGAUUUUGGUUCAUAAAAUUCACAAGGACCCAUUGAAAUGGAAAGAGGAUAUUAUACAAAAUGAAUAUGAUAGCUCAUUUGAUGGAUAUAUCGGUUGUGAUUCAAGUCAAUCUGACAGGAAUGAAAAACAGACACCAGCAUACAGUUCUUAUGAGGGCAGUGCAAUGAUGCCUACUGCAAACAUAAAUGAAAUGCACAUUUCAAUUACCACUGAACACAAUGCUAAGCCCUUAUCAGCUCUCCCUGAAGAUUUAUCAAUGUCUCCACAAGAAGUCCAUCAGAUCCAGAUGCACCAGCUUCCACUGUCCAUGUACCAGCACUCCCACACCCUCUACAGUGAGCAUGUAGAACCAGCAGGUGUGGAUCCUAGUGUUUAUCCUCCCCAGCAUAACCUCAAUUCAGUAUCCACCUAUUCUUAUCUUUCAUCUUCACAAACACAACCUGAUCAAAAUUUAGAAAAUAACCACACUUCCUCCAACCAUUACCUUGCAUCUUCCCAGCCACAAUCAACAGAGAAUAUGGAAGAUAAUCCAGCAUCUUCACAUCCAUACCUGUCUACCCAGCCACCACCACAUGUGGAGGAAGACCACACCUCAUCUUCUCAUCACUACAGCGACUCCAUGCUUGAUAUGGCCAGCACACAGAGACCCGAGGGUCUGACAGCAAAGCGUCUGCCAGAUACUGAUGCUGCAGAAAACUUGUCACUGUCCACUUUGUAUGCCUAUUAUUCAAGCCUGGCUUCACAGUACCUCAAUAUUUCUGGAUAUUCUGGAUACAACCAGCCCACGGACGAUCAGCAGCAGUCACAGCAAAAUGUUUGAAAGGAUUGUAUGAAUAUGCAACAAUUUUUUUAAAAUACAUCUUAUUUGGACACAACACUAUUUCUAUUACAUGUUGUGAUAUAUAAAAAAUAGGAAAAUAUGGUCAUUAAUUAUUAAAAAAGCUAAAGUUAA